AUGGAUUCGAACAACUCGCUCCCUCCGCCUGACCAAUAUCGUAGCCUGGUCAAGCGUCUGCAGAGCAGCAACUAUCUCCUGAAAAAACAACUGCAGCACAUUUGCCUUGUAAACGGAUUGCGGACUUCGGGAGUCAAGGCGGAGCUGCAAAGGCGCAUCCUCGAAGCACUCGAAAAGGCCUACGCGCAAGGUGACCCCCGGGCGUACCGCGACAUCGAGCAAAGCGUAUAUCGCGAAAAGAACGGCGGCCUUCCUGCACCCCAUGAAUCCCUUCCGUCGACCCUACCUGUUCCCAACAACGCGCAAAGCGUGUCUCCCAACAUGAACAACUACGGUUACCAGAAUGGCUACCCUGGCUACGGAGGCGUCAAUGGUCAGCGGUCGCAUCAGAUGCCUCCACAGGGAUUCACUUUCCGCUCAAGCCCCUUCUAUCACAUCGUGGGCAGGAUAGGGCCCGUUCAAACUUGUGAAGAAAAGGAUAUGAGAGUGAUGGUGUUUUGUGCUGGAGCCAACACGGGCCCACAAGAUAUUGCGUUCCCCCAUCAGUCUGAACUGAAGGUGAAUGGAGGAGAUGUCAAGGCCAACUUGAGAGGCCUGAAGAACAAGCCAGGCUCUACGAGGCCUGUUGAUAUUACGGAUCUGCUUCGGCUCAAGAUUCCCAAUUACACCAACAACAUCGAGUUUACCUACGCGUUGACACAGAAGGCAGGUGACAAGGCCUCUCAGAGUAAUGGUCAAAGAUUCUAUCUCGUCGUCAAUGUCUGCAAGACGACCCCAGUCGACACUCUUGUGCGGGCAAUCACUUCAAGAAAAAUAUCGAAAGCUUCCGUCUUGCACGAGCUUACUAGGAAAGCGCACGACGCGGAGAUUGAGAUGUCUUCUCAGGUUCUCUCUUUGAAGUGUCCCCUCUCGUACAUGAGACUCGUCACACCCUGCCGCGCGACCACAUGCACCCAUGUCCAGUGUUUUGAUGCCACCUCGUACCUUCAAUUGCAGCAGCAGGGCCCACAAUGGCUGUGUCCCGUCUGCAGCAAAAGUGCACCAUACGAGAGACUUGCAAUAGACGAGUAUGUAAGGGACAUUCUGGACAGGACUUCUCGAAGCGUGGAGCAAGUCGACAUAGAACCUAACGGACAGUGGAAGGCUCAUGGCAGCGUCGAGGAGGAAGCGGAGCCAGAGCCCGAACACGAAGCCCUAGCCAUCGACGACGAUGACUUGGUUAUCUCUGAGAUCAGCUAUGUUGGUAAUCGCGGAACAAACACACCGAAUACCCUGGCACCGACCACCAGCACUCCAACACCAGUCACCGCGGCUUCUCGCGAAGGCUCUUCGAUGCCGAGGUCGGGAGGCAAUAAGCGGCCUCAUGCAGAGGUCAUCGACCUGACGCUGUCAGAUGACGAGGACGCUCCACAGCCACCUCGGAAGAAGGCGCAGUACGGUGCUGGCUCUGCGUAUUCGUCGUAUCUAGGCUAG